CUCUCUCCGCCGAAAGCUCCUCGACCGACGUACGAUUUCAUUUCCAAAGCUCAUUCCGAGUUAAAAGCUUGUCGUGGCAACAUCAUCGCGUUGCAUACGAACAAUAAACAUUCCAUUUAUCGUAAAAAUAAACAUCUUUAACGAAUAACAACCGUUUAAGAUUCUUUAAUAGACAUUUUAAAGAGGUAAUUAUAGCAUUCAGAGCCGUUUUUAAUUGAACUGCCACUGUAAAUUGACUUAGUGCAAUUAGUAGUGAUAAUUAACGUUGUGAUUUUGUUGGAAACCGUUUGUGUUGUGUAUAGAAAUUAAAAUUCUUCAAGAUUAAGGCGGCAGGAAUAGGAUCGUAUGUCGGAUAUCAGGCGAUGACAUCAGGAGACCAAACUGAGCAGAAUAGUUCAUCUCUGCGACGCUACAGACCUUCGAUAAGAACGAGGCCUAACGGCCUGAUAAUGACGAUGGACAUAUCGAAGACGGAAGCCUCGAAAUCGGCACCGGGUCAGAGUUCCCAAGAAUGCGCUGGCUGUCUAAAACCGAUAACGGAACGGUUCUUGCUGAAGGCGUUGGACAUGUUCUGGCACGAAGACUGUCUGAAAUGCGGUUGCUGUGAUUGUAGAUUGGGCGAAGUCGGGUCGACGUUGUAUACCAAAGCGAAUCUGAUUCUGUGCAAACGAGACUAUUUGAGACUGUUCGGUAAUACCGGAUAUUGCGCAGCUUGUUCUAAAGUUAUACCGGCAUUCGAGAUGGUGAUGCGCGCUAGGAGUAACGUGUAUCAUUUAGAGUGUUUCGCGUGUCAACAGUGCAAUCAUAGAUUUUGUGUCGGUGAUAGAUUCUAUUUAUGUGAAAAUAAAAUCCUUUGUGAAUACGACUACGAGGAACGACUAGUUUUUGCAAAUAUGGCCUACAAUCCACCGCCGUUAUCGCAUUUGAAGAGGCAAACUUCCAUACCACCCGUAUCACUCCCCAACCACCUAAUAAACGGUCAUCGUCCUCCAGUGUCGUCAUCCAACGGGGAUUUAAAUAAUAAUUCCAAUCAAGGACCACCUAGUUCGAUAAAUAGUCAAAAUUUUCAAAAUCCCGGUCAUAUGAAAAACGGCCCUCUAUCAAUGGGAGCGGCUAGCUGAAAGUUCUAGACAUUAUGAUUUCAGAAUUUUUUUAUUCCUUGAAAAUCCAGACAAAAUUUGGUGUCAGCAUUUUUUUUUAAGAGGGUGAGUCUAUGUACUUGUUUUCUGAUAUGGCUUGUUUAUAAAAUAUACUUUCGAAUCACUUUAACAAAAAAAAUGUUGAACAGUGAAAUAAAAUUGUUAUUACUGCCUAUUUUUAUUUAAAUAUAUGACUUAUUGAAUGGGCAACUAACAUUAUAUCCAUUUUUGUCGAGUACUUUGCUCAUAUUAAGUUAGAAAAUACUAAUUUUGAAGUAGAGCAAUCUUUUUUAAUUUUUUCUAAAACUCGUAUGAAACUUUUAGUAAAAAAAUUUGUUUAAGAUGUAAUAUUUCGGUAAAUAAAGUGUGAAUUCGACAAACGAACAUAACGUACUCAUACUUCAAAAGUGAUAUAACUCAAAAAUCACAUCUGUUGAGUUAAGAAUUUUCAGAAGGUAAAAAAGAACGUUUUGAACUAGGACCAACAUUAAGAUUGUUUCAGAAAAAAACAAAAAUUUUAAAUUGUCACAUAACUAAGGAUGUUUUUUCUGCAUUAAACGUGUGAUAUUUUGAAAUUACAAUGUUAAUGUGAUAAACCCAAUAUGGAAAAGUAACUUAGAUUAAUUCUGAAAUAAACGAUUCAAAUGAAAUCAAAUUUAUUUGUUUAAAUAAUAAAAUACAUUACUUAACAGUAAAAAAAAUAGUUAUAUAAAGAAAAGUUCUUUAAAGACAUCUGAUUGAGCAUCGAAUCUAGACAUUUCUGCCUGCUUUGCUUCUGAUCAAUCAGAUGACUCUUAUUUAUGUACAUAUUUUUUUAGAGACAGGA